AUGGGUUUUUCACCCGGCCCACGAGGGCGCGGUUUUCCUGUAUACGGCGUAGGAAUAAUAAUAAAACUCCCAGGGCGUCUGAAGCGUAUACCUGACGGAGAGCUCGGAAUUAGAAACCAGUACAUUACGUGGCAAGAAGCCGUGUUUCCCGACGAGAUACUGAAGAGGACGGUGGCACAAAACGGAGGCAAGAUGAACGAUUUACAUAUCGCUCCUGAACAAGGGGAUUUGAAUAUUAUGUACGACGAUGCUGCGAUUUCUUCCUAUCACAUUUUUGCCAAAGCAAAGGCAGCUGGAAAAAUCCCAACGAAUAUUCGCUUUCAAGUAUCCCUACCGUCGCCAAUCGAGGUUCCGGUGGCUUUCGUUCGUGAAAGUCACCAAUCAAAAGCAACUGAGCUAUACGAGCGGCACUUAAAGUUGGCUUUGGAGCGAAUUCAACAUACAGUUCCGCAUGGCGAACUGGCCAUUCAGUGGGACGUCGCCAUUACGAUUGCACUACUCGAGUCGAAGCGCGGGAGACUUGCGGCCGCCGUAGGACCCAAGCAUUUUGUGGAGCCAGAAGAUAUGGGCUUAAUGGUCCAAGUAGCAACCAAACUUGUUCGAGAGGUCCGCAAAGUCCACGACAUUGCCUGGAUCCAUAUGCCGGUUCCCAGGGAUAGGACAGAUGAGGAUUAUUUCGCUCCGUUAAAGAAACUUGAUUUACCCGAAACUACAGAGUUAUUCUUGGGAGUUCUGCACCCAGAUGGCUUGGAAAACACUCAGAAGAGAAUUGCGUCGGCUUACAAAGCUAGUGCUAAGCAAUUUGGAGUGGCAACGGAAUGUGGUUUGGUUAGAACAGAUCCUCGUGAAGGGAACUAUCUUCUAGAUCUAACUGCCGGCGUCUCUAUCCAGUGGUAGUAAAAGGAGAAAUGGGCGCGAGAUAAUUUUGUUCUCUUUUCCUUGAAGCUCGUUAUUUCC